AGGCGGCGGCAGUGCAAAUACGAUCAAACUACAAGCAAUGAAUGUAAGGAAAAAUAAUAAAUGAAAAGAUAUAGAUAACAAAAGUUGUUUGCUGAGAAAAUAGAAAAUUCACAUUAUCUUACUUUUUGGAAAGCGCGCUCCCACGUUCAUCACGAGAAAGUAAUGAUUGGUUAAUACAUCACACUGAUGGGCAGUAAUAACUGGCUUGCUAGUUAAUAAAGGAGAGUCGGGCUUGGGGAGCGGAGGCAGACAGCGCAAAGGAGGAGCUCUUUAAAGGACUUUUAACGCAAAGGAGGAUUUUUUUACUUAUCCAUUGUGACACAACCGAUCGACAGAAGGUUUUGGAAAGAAGCGGAUACAGUGUACAUUAACGGACGAAUGCUGGAUUUGCUCGAUCUGUGAUAUUGCAGAUUAAAAAUGACUCGGCGGAGGGGCAGGCAGAUGUGAAGACCCCAUGGGAGAGGGGGAUGACAUGGAAGAGAAGACGAGCACGUUCCCUAGGAUGAAGGAGGCGGGAGUGCCGUGGCGGAGGUUAUCCAUGUGCCCGCCUCCAACACUGGGCCAGAAGAUCGACCCCCGCUCGCUUAUACGAAACUUUUCCUAUGGAGAUAAUGACGGCUACCCUCAGUGCACAGGCAGUGAAAUGGAGAAAAAUGGGAGCACAGUCCUAAAUGAUGAGCCCAGCCCGAGCCCGUCCCCCACUAACAAGUUGGAGCUGAAGUUUGAGAGUCAGGAAACUCCAUCCCCCACUGAAAAGCUGCCGUGGAAAGACUUCCUCAAAGUUCAAAAGAAAAAUUAUCAACAGAAGAAAGCAGCAAAGGAAGUGUACAGCGCUCAGAAAGACUCCCUGGAUAGUGAAGUCAUAAUGUCUAACUGGCUAAAGAUUCGUGGUACUCUGAAGGGCUGGACCAAGCUGUGGUGUGUCCUGAAGCCUGGAGCUCUCUUGAUAUACAAGAACCCCAAGAUGGACCAUUGGGUGGGAACUAUCCUGCUUAAUGCCUGCACACUCAUGGAAAGGCCUUCGAAAAAGGAUGGCUUCUGCUUCAAGCUCUACCACCCUCUGGACCGCUCCAUCUGGGCUAUGAAAGGUCCACAGGGGGAGAACGUGGGCUCCAUCACACAACCUCUGCCCAGCAGCUACCUAAUCUUCAGAGCCGCAUCAGAGUCUGACGGCCGCUGUUGGAUGGGCGCUCUGGAACUGGCCCUCAGUUCCGCCAACCUUGACAAGUUCAACUUCAAAACUAGUCCAGAUGAGGACAUUGCCUGCUCCUCUGAGUCAUCACACAUCUUUAAUCUCCUGCAGUCUCCCUCCACUGACCAUGUGCUUUCCCAGUUGAGUGAGUCCAUGGAGCAAGACUGCAACUCAGACAAGGAGACUCAUGAUUCAGACAAUGGGCUGAUUGAAAAUGGUAGCAGGUUGACGGAAGAGAGCGACAUGGAUCAAUCCGAAGACCUUCUCCAUGACAAUCAGGCUACAGUUUAUGUUGAAGAAGAACAAGAGGAGAUGGCUGAGGAGGGAGAGAUGUCCCCAGUGGAGACAGUCUCAGAAGAGAACAAAAGUUUGAUCUGGACCUUACUGAAGCAACUGCGUCCUGGGAUGGACCUUUCCAAAGUAGUCCUACCCACCUUCAUCCUGGAACCACGCUCUUUCCUGGACAAGCUUUCCGACUAUUACUACCACGCGGACUUCCUCUCACAGGCAGUGACAGCUGAGAGCCCUUACUGUCGGGUAAAACACAUCCUGCGAUGGUACCUUUCUGGUUUUUACAAAAAGCCCAAGGGAAUAAAGAAGCCAUAUAAUCCUAUCCUCGGGGAGACGUUUCGCUGCUGCUGGCUACAUCCCCAGACCAGCACCUGCACUUUUUACAUAGCAGAACAGGUAUCACAUCACCCACCAAUCUCUGCUUUUUACGUAAAUAAUAGGAAAGAUGGCUUCUGCAUACAUGGGAGCAUUCUGGCCAAAUCCAAGUUUUAUGGUAACUCUUUAUCUGCAAUACUGGAUGGGAAUGCAAGAGUGAUAUUACUAGCCAGAGAUGAAGAGUAUGUUAUUACAAUGCCAUAUGCACAUUGUAAAGGUAUUUUAUAUGGCACCAUGACAAUGGAACUUGGAGGAAGAGUCACAAUUGACUGUAAAAAAACAAACUAUGUAGUAGAUCUUGAAUUUAAACUUAAGCCUCUUCUGAGUAGUAGCACUGUAAACCAGAUUUCAGGGAAGAUCCUCAUCGGUGAAGAUGUGCUGGCCACUAUUGAUGGGCACUGGGACAGGGAGGUAUUUCUCCGUGAGAAGAAGACUGGCCACCAGGAGGUGCUGUGGAACCCUAGUCUGGAAGUGCGGCAGCAGAGACUACAGAGAAAAGUUGUGCCUCUGGACCAGCAGGGGGAGUUUGAAUCUCAGAGACUCUGGCAGCAUGUCACCAGUGCCAUCGUUAACCAGGAUCAGGAGCUAGCCACACAGGAAAAGUUUGUCCUUGAGGAGGCCCAGAGGCAAGAGGCUAGACAGCGAGGCAACAUCGCCUGGACUCCCGGACUCUUCACACUCGAUCCCACCACCAACGAGUGGCGCUAUAAGCAUGCAGACACUAAUCCAUGGGAUGCUGAUACCUGCCUUGCCCAGUUCGAGAAGGACAACGUGAUCCAGACCAAGGAGAGGCAGCAAAUGCAGCAGAAGGAGUCGUCCUACAGUCAGAGCUGGGCUGUUCGAAAGCAGGCCCACACGCAUGACAAACAGAGGAAGCCCAACUACAGCCAGAACACAGAGAGCAGCACUUCCACACCUGAGCCCAUGCUGGAAUCCUCUGACAAUGAAGAAUUUUUGACCCAGUGUGCCAGAUGUAACAAGGAACUGAGGGACAUGGCUCAAAUUGAGGCCUACAUAGCAUCGAUACAGAAAACACAGAAGGACAUUCAGAGGAACCUGCGAACCUUGAGACAGCAAAUCCUUCAGAGCGAGGACUCAGGGGAGAACAUCGCCUUCAGUGGCCGCUACUUUGUGAUCCUUUGUGUGCUGCUCCUGUUCCAGUUGUUCAUCAACUAUGUGUAUACUUGAGAAAGAACAAGGCCUCUACACUUCUUAGCAAUCAGUACCAGUGACAAGACAGCACUGAGCACUUUGGAGACGGACCAGAGGAAGAAUGAAAGAAAAUGAAUUGUGACUGGAAAGAUUUUAUACUCCAGGAUGGUGCAUACAAUCCCUGCGAUCAUGUUUUUGUGAGUGUGAGUGUUUUACACAUAUGUGACUUAUUUUCACUUAACAUAAAGUCAAGACAAAUACCAAAAAUGUUAAAUAGCAAAAAGGAAAUAAAGGUCCAACUGUGCAAUUCAUAAGUUAUUUAGGAAACUGUGAAGUCUUACAUAUUGUGGCAUGGAUUUCUCAACAAAUACAAACAACAUCUGUGAUUAAUGAAAGAUGAAUUAGUCCUGGCAAAGUAAAAGUUUUUUUUUUAUUAUUAUUUAUUUAAUUUGAACUGUAAGAGGAUUUAACAUCUGUACUGCUAGUAUUUUAAAACAAGAAAUCAUUUAAAAAUUGUCCAAAAUGAAGCAUUUUGGCAAUUGAGUGGCAAAUGUUUAUUAUUUAUUUCACUACAUGGAGAUGCUUAGUGCUGUAUAUACAGAUAAAAUUUGUGCUAUAUAUAUAUAUA